AUGGCCGUACCCCAUUACGUCUACCUGCUCCUCAAAAUGCCGGGCAAGACAGGGGUCCUCACCUUCUGCGGCGACUUGAAGAAGUCCUACGACUGUGAUCAGGAGGCAAUCGAGUACGCCUUGACUACACGCGUGCCAGAACCUUCAUCUGAAGUAUUCGCGGCCGCACAGCAGCUCUCCCAGUCGGAGAUGGUGAUUCCAACCGUACCUCCACAGACGAAGUUGGGCCAGUCGACGGUGAAGCCCAACACCAACAACGUCGGUGUUGAGACCAUCCAAUUGCAAGAGGGUGACUCGUCUAAGACAGCACUCAUCAGUGCCGGGCUAGAUGGCAAAUAG